GCAGUCCGUCAGGCGGAUCCUCCGGUUUAUGGAGGAUGUUGAUGUGCAAACCAGUUGUAAACUUUCCUCACUCUAGCACUAAACCUGCUGCAUUAAUCAACCUCUGGUAAUUUUCUGCUGUUGAACCGUCAUCGGUUGAUGUCGCUGGCAUGUCGUAAUGGUUGUUUACUUUGAUGUUUUAGCGGUUUUCUAGUUUCAGAGGUUGCCAGAUCCUCUGCCAUGAAAUCCUCCUGAUUAAUUGACAUGUUUUGGAAAAAUGGCCGCUGAGCUGUUUCCUGCCAAAAAAUUGGCCAGUAUCUCACCCACCGCUGUUCAACAGUACCAGCAGCAGAACUUCAGCAACAACAACAACAUUCAGGGAUGUAACUGGCAAGGCUUGUAUCCCACGAUCAGAGAGAGAAACGCAGUCAUGUUCAACAACGAGCUGAUGGCUGAUAUUCACUUUGUGGUGGGACCUCCUGGAGGAACCCAGAGAGUGCCGGGACACAAGUAUGUCCUGGCUGUGGGAAGUUCUGUAUUUCAUGCCAUGUUCUACGGAGAACUGGCUGAAGAUAAGGACGAGAUCCGGAUCCCUGAUGUGGAGCCAGCGUCAUUCCUCGCCAUGCUCAAGUAUAUCUACUGUGAUGAGAUCGACCUGUGUGCCGACACCGUUCUCGCCACGCUGUACGCUGCCAAAAAAUACAUCGUACCUCACUUGGCCCGCGCUUGCGUCAACUUCCUGGAGACCAGCCUGAGUGCGAGAAACGCCUGCGUCCUGCUCUCUCAGAGCUGCCUGUUCGAGGAGCCCGACCUCACGCAGCGCUGCUGGGAGGUGAUCGACGCGCAGGCCGAGCUCGCGCUCCGCUCCGAGGGGUUCUGUGACAUCGACGCUCAGACUCUGGAGAGCAUCCUGCGGCGCGAGACGCUCAACGCCAAAGAGAUGGUGGUGUUGGAGGCGGCAUUAAGCUGGGCGGAGGCCGAGUGUCACCGACAGGAACUCCAGCCCAGCAUCGAGAACAAACGCCUUGUUUUAGGAAAGAACAUCUACCUGAUACGGAUCCCGGCGAUGGCACUCGAUGAUUUCGCCAACGGUGUUGCGCAGUCUGGCGUGCUGACACUCAACGAAACCAACGAUAUUUUCCUGUGGUACACAGCGGCCAAGAAACCGGAGCUCAAGUUCGUCUGCAAACCACGGAAAGGGUUAACGCCGCAGAGGUGCCACCGCUUUCAGUCCUGUGCGUACCGCAGCAAUCAGUGGCGAUACCGCGGGCGCUGCGACAGCAUCCAGUUCGCCGUGGACAAGCGCGUCUUCAUCGCCGGGUUCGGGUUGUACGGCUCCAGCUGCGGCUCGGCGGAGUACCAGACCAAGAUCGAGCUGAAGAGGCAAGGCGUGACGCUCGGCGUCGCCAUCAACAAGUACUUCUCCGAUGGCUCCAGCAACACCUUCCCCGUGUUCUUCGAGCACCCGGUGCAGAUCGAACCCGACACCUUCUACACGGCCAGCGUGGUUCUGGACGGGAACGAGUUGAGUUAUUUUGGCCAAGAGGGCAUGACGGAGGUCCAGUGCGGGAAGGUGACCUUCCAGUUCCAGUGCUCGUCGGACAGCACCAACGGGACGGGUGUGCAGGGGGGGCAGAUCCCUGAACUCAUAUUUUAUGCUUGAGAGAGCGUCCUGUUCACAACUGAUUAAUCAGAACCCAGUCUUCUUGUUCCUUAAUGAAGUGCUGCUCAGAUUUUGCACAAAGGCUGCAAAAAGAUUAUUAGAGAUUACUGACAAUCCAUAUAGACUUUAUUAGUGUUAGUGCACCUGAAAAUGAAGUUUGGUCAUUUUACUCCGCCUCAUUGUCUUCCAAACCAAUAUGCCUUCUGUGCAACAUAAAAUUUCAGACUUGACCACACAUAAAGUGGUCCAUAAAACUUGAUAGCUGUAAUUUACACCAUGAAAUACAUGUUACUGUGCUGAAGUUUGAGGUCAAUACUGUUUUUAAAAAUAAGUUAAUACUUUAAUUCAGCAAGAACCAAUUAAAUGGAUUAAAAGUGACAGUAAAGGCAUUUAUAAUGUUACAAAAGUUUUCUAUUUCAAAUAAAU